CUUAUCGCGCCCGCUUGUCGUCACAAGGAUCAAAGAGUCCCAAAGGACUGGCCACGACUCUUCCCGCGUCCGAUCAUGGUUAAGGCGCUGGUUUUCAAAGGCGACAAGAAGCCCAAAAAACGCAAGCGGGCCGCUGUCGAAGACGAAGGCGGCGCACAACCCUCAAAAGCCGUCGUUUCCACAACAGCCGGCGUCGCUGCAGAAUCGGCAAAAGUGGCCGACGAUGAUUCCUGGGUAUCUGCAGAGCUUUCUACCGACAUCUCGGGCCCCGUGAUCAUUGUGCUGCCGUCCGAACCGCCGACGUCUCUGUCUUGCGACUCUCAAGGCAAGGUUUUCAGCAUACCUCUCGAAAACACGAUCGAUAACGAUCCUACGACCGCAGAGCCGCACGACGUACGGCAGGUGUGGAUAGCGAACCGCAUCGCUGGAACUGAGAGCUUCAGCUUCAAGGGCCAUCAUGGACGCUACAUGGGCUGCGACAAGUUCGGCGUCUUGAGCGCAUCGCGCGAGGCUGUCGGUCCAGAGGAGCAGUUCAACAUCAUACCCGUGGCCGACAAUCCGGGCACGUUCGCCAUCCAGACCCAGCGCGACACGUUCAUUUCCGCGGUCGAAAAGAAGGGUGGCGCGAUCGUGGACAUACGAGGCGAUGGCGAAGGGAUAGAGUUUUCCAGCACGCACCGAAUACGCAUGCAGGCGCGCUUCAAGCCGAAGCUGAAGGUCGCGAAGGAAGAGAAGGCCAAGGAAAAAAUCAGCAGAAAGGAGCUGGAGGCAAUGGCUGGCAGGAAGCUGGAGGACGACGAAGUGAAGAAGCUGAAGCGAGCGAGACGGGAAGGCAAUUUCCACGAGGCGAUGCUGGACGUCAAGGUCAAGGGCAAACAUGAUAAAUUUGCGUAGAGGCGCAGGCUACACGGAGUUCCGGUCCUCAAUCGAAGCGUGGAAUCGAACCCACGAACAUGACCAUGCGUCAGAGAAUUGUAGCGGCAAACACUUCAGCAGCAAAUCCUUCGACAGCAUGUCGACAUGAGCUUGCGCAAAGAGGAGAUUGCGAUAGGUAAAGAUGCUGAAGGCCAAGCAGCCUUCCGGCCAUAAAGCCCAAGGCGGGAAAAUGUGCGGGACGUACACAGUUUAUUCCAGUCUCCUCGAUACAUGCGGCAAUAUCUCAGCGAUUCGUCACGACUUUCCUUUCGCUCGUAGUGCACGAAUCCAAAAAAGCGCAGGCCCAACCCAUCACCAUCACCCAAUUGGGUCUUGAGAGCAAUCGUGAGCCGGCACAGCAAACAUAAAUGGAAAAGAAAGAGCAAGAGAAAGAAAAGAUCUCAAACGUGUUGGUCUGAAGUGGAGUUUUUUGACUUCCUAUCGUAUAGGCCCGCAACAUCAAUAGCGAACCAAGCUAGUAUUUGUACAUAUUCCAUAUUUUGUUUUGAGGUCCUCCUUUUUCGUUGCUUGCAGUGCAGUGGACGACAUGAUAUACAUAGUACAAGGGCUAAAGCAACAGAUGAACCCGCAAGAACACCAACGCUAAAGAUGCAGAAAUCCCUAGAAAAGAAAAAUUCAUGUCAGUGGUGACGAUAUG